CGGGGGAAAGCCCGUUGAAGUGGGGGGGCCUCGACAGUAUUCUGAUUCUCUCUUCGUUUAUCACUCCUUGUCCGUGCUCAUCGUUCUCUUUUUACCUUCGCCUUAGCUUUGAUAUCGUUUUGCAGGCACGAGUAAACUGGAAAGCGGAGUAAAACGCGUGGUCGGAAACCCACGGCGGUCGGCUUCCACCUCUACCCGUUUAUCGGGCGACAAAUGUCUCUUGGGAAAAAAUGUGCGUAUGCCACUUGUGGUAAAUACAGUGUUCUUAAUCCAAAAAAGAGUUUUUUUGAAUUGCCUAAUGAUGAAAACCUGAAGGAAGGCUGGAUUAAAAAUGCAGGUCUAAAUCAUAUUGGAGAGAGUGAAAGUAUAUUUCUCUGUCAAGAUCAUUUUCGUAAUAUUUCUUUUGAAGACAGGAACAAAACAAAACUUGUGAAAAGCGCUGUACCAAUCAAAGUGCAUGAAAAUAAGAAAACAUGUAUACAACAGCUUUGUACAUGCAAAUAUUGUGGUGUUUUGUUUUCUUCAAUGGCAAAUGUUAAAAGACACGAAAAAGAAUGUGGCAUCACAUGUGUCAAUUGCGGUUUAAGGUUUAAGGAUAGCAAUAACUACUCUAAACAUAAAGAACAGUGCUUGAAAUAUGAACGAAAGAGGUGUAUCGUCUCAAGAUGUCUAAGCAAUAAUACAGGUUCAAACAAUGAGGUCGUACCGACAUUUCCACUGCCUGAUGAUUUAUUCAUGAGAAAUACUUGGUUAGACGAGAUACCCAUUUGUACAAAAAUGGUACCUCAAAAACGAACUUCUUUUGUAUGUAUAAAGCAUUUUUCCAAAGAUGAUAUAAUCAAAGAUGAAAAAGGUAUUCAUUUAAAACCAACAGCUAUCCCAGGAGGUUUCAAAUUAUCAUUGGGACAAGAUAAAGAAAUUGUGAAAUGUUGUAUACCAGGUUGUACUAGUAAUCAUGAUAGUUAUUUAAUUAGCCCGCCAAACAAACCAGUCAGAACAUUUCCAUUUCCAAGGGAUAUUCAAGCACAAAAAAACAAAUGGUUCAUUGCUAUAUACAGUAAAUUUCUCACCAAGAUCUCAACAGGCUCUGUCUGUGUCCUGCACUUUAAGGAUGAUGAUAUUAUACAAUCUGGUGAACAUUGGUUUCUUAAACAUGCUGCAGUACCUUCUAUUUUUGAUAUUAAGAGUCCCAAAUCGGAUAAGGGUUUACAGUGCUGUGUACCCAAUUGUUCAACAGUUGCAAAACCCGGUAUUGGAUUUCAUACAUUCCCUACCCCUAAUAGAUCGACUGUGGAAGUACUUUAUCAACAGUCACAAUCCCGUGGAAACAGUGGUGUUAUUUCAGACUUACGUCAAAUUUGGUUAGACCGAGUUGGGCUAAAGGAUGCUUCGCCUUUGACUGUAAUUUGUACCAAACAUUUUACAAAGAAUGACUACAUAAAAGGGCGAGACGGAUCAUUGAAAUUGGUCAAGUUGGCAGUUCCGACACAGGGGUUGCCAAAACCUUUUAAGCCAUGUUUCUUAUUUUCUGUUGGAAAGGAAAAGUUUCAUAACAAAGGAAAAAGUAUAAUGCAGUCUCAUUCUGUAAUACAACAGACAAAUCAGGAUCUCCCAUGUUCUAUUACAUACUGCAAUUCCCAUUUGCUAAAUUUACCGAGACGAAUGGUUUACAAACUUCCAAAGGACAUUACAAAAGCACAAAAAUGGGUUGACAUUUGUGGAUAUCCACAGUGGAUGUAUCAGGGGUUCAAAGCUGCGAGGGAAACUGUUCGUAUUUGUUCAUUACAUUUCAGUGAAAGUAUGAUAACACCGGAAGGAAGGUUGAAGUUCAAUGCAGUGCCAUCUAUUUUUGAUCCACUCGCCAUUCCGGAUCCUUUAGAAAAAGAUGUAGUUGUCGCUUUUGGUGAUAACCAAACAUGUACAAAAAUAGUUGAAGAGAUACCUACAACCGAUCCAAAUAUAAAUACCAGACUGAUACUCCCGAAAAGUAGUUCAAGUAGUUCUUCUACAUUCCCAGGCAAAUAUGUGAAAUGUGCAGUCGAAAGUUGUGAUAACUAUUUUGACGAGUCCAGAGCAGAAUAUUUAGGACAAAGCUAUUUUACUUUUCCCGAAGAUCCGGAACAGAGGUUAGCUUGGAUCAAUGCCAUAAAUAAACCAGUUGAUUGGGACCCUUCUCAUUCUCGAAUAUGUUUUCGUCAUUUCCAUGGGAUUUAUGUGAAAGAUGGAAAAAUAUUGAAAAAUGCCGUACCAUCAGUGUAUUUGCAUUCAAAAACUGAACCCUAUCCAAUUAAUAAAGAUGUAAAGGACAAACCAAACAAAGCACCGAAUGGAUCAUCGAAACGAAAAUCAUCGAACGUGACUAAAUCGUGUGUAAUGGUAACAUUACCAUUUAAAAAAACAGUUACUAAAGUGACGGAUGAUAAGACGAUUGAAAUUAUUGAAAUCGCUGAUGAGGUUAAAGAACCACAAAGACAACCUCGUGGGAGAAAAAGAUUAAAAAAACCAAGGGGAAGGCCAAGAGUCAACGCUGUAUUGCCAACCAAACCUAAACGCAAGGUUGGAAGACCUAGAAUACAUCCGAUAUCGCCUAGCAGCAAUUCCAACAAACUUAAAGUUGGGCGGCCAAGAAAAAAAUUACUGUUAGAUGAUGAUAUCAACAUUGACACUUGUGCUGAGGAAAAUGAGAUUUCUGAUUUUGCUUGGAAAGUAGAAACACAGAUUGAAGAAUAUGAAAGUGACUUUAGUCUAAAUAAUCAAGCAGAAGAAGAAGAAGAUCAUGAAGAAGAAAAAGAAGAAGAGUGUAGGACAGAAGUACCUUGUGAUAUUAGAGACCAGCCACAGGUGGUGAUAAUAAAAGAAGAGCCUCAAGGCCCAUCAGAAUUUGAAGCAUCUGAAAGUGCACUUUAUGAAGAAUCUCUCGUGCCGCCUUUAAAAAAAAUAAAACUCGAACCUCAAUCUAAUGUUUAUAAUGCCCAAAGUGAUGAAAAUUUUGAUAAAACGACAGGAAACAAGGACAUUUUAACAGAGCAAACGUUAAGUAGUCAAAUUAACGAGGAGAGAGCAUAUGACCUUUUUGAAAAGAUCAAUUCCAGCCAGCGAGACGAUGCUCAAACCAACACAGCAAGUGAAACAAAAAUGUUGGACGAUGAAGAAAUUUAUAUUACUGGAAGAUUCAAUGAGGACACAAGUGCAGUAAGAACGGAUUCAAAGACUACAAAUUCAUCUAAUGUUUUAACAUAUGAUUCUUUAAGUACUGAUAUUACGUUAUAUGAAACAAAAUCAGAAAAAAAAUUAUUUACACAACUAUUAGACAAUGGAGAAAUUAUUGAGGAAGUUGUUAAUCAAUAUAUGGGACAAGAUCCAAUUACUAUUAAAGAUUCAUUAAAUACAAAAAAGCUUGAAUUAAACAGAACUUUGAAUUUAACUGGCCCAGGCCAUGUUAUUGGUGACAAUUCAGAAAUCUUCUUUUCAGAGACAAAUUUAAGUGCUACAGAUGGUUCAGUAAAUUAUGGUCAAAAGGUUACUGAUUCAAGUGAUGAAGAAUUUGAUAGUUUUCUCGACACCGUUAAGACUGAAUUUAAUAAAUUAGAUAGCUUUCAAAAACGCCAAUUUAUGCAUGAAAUGAGAAGUAAAUUUGAAGAAUUGCUGAAAGGAAACAAAUUAUAAAAUAAAGACAGACCGUUAAGUUUUUUCAAAUGCAGUUUUCAAAUAUUCUUUGGUUGAUGCUAGUGUAAUUAUAAAA